UAGCGAUUAGGAUUUGUUAUUUUUACAUUCUUGUAUCGCCAUUUGCAGUUUUCAAUGUACCUCAUUUGCGUAUAAAUUAAGAAUUAUCUAACAUCGAUGUCACCUUCUCAACGACCAACUUAGUUUGUUCUACGUGUUCAUUCACUAUCGGUAUACUUUUGCUUUCAGCAUGUCUUUAACUAGUGCCAUCGCUGCCCUGCCAGACGAAAACUACAAUCCUAUCCACUUUAUAUAUGUUUUAACUGCGGUAUUCGGGACAAUAUUUGUGGUGGGGCCGCUUCUAGUACCACACAAUGUCGAAAACCGACGAUUAAUCCGAAUUAGCAUUAUGGAGACCGCAUUUUGUAUGUAUAUAGCGUGGGUCACGGUGUACACGGCACAAAUGCACCCGGUCUCUGGUGUAACCUUCAAGAAUACAACUCUCGCGUGGAUGAGCUACGGCUGGGGCAACGGCCCAAACGUGGAGGGAUUCUCAAUUCCAGCGACCACGACCACUACAACGACAACAACCACCACAACGACGACCUCGACGACCUCCACUACAACUACAACGACAACGACGACAACGACCUCGACUACUACUACUACUACCACAAUUACCACCUCCACUACCACCACCACCACAACCUCCACCUCUAGUUUCACUACAGGAACUACACAGACUGAAGAACCAGAACCUUAUUAUUUCAAAAUUCAUGAAAAACUCCCAGGCACUGUUGAAAACCAAACGACUAACUUCAAAGUUCCUCCAAACAAGGUCAGUGAAACUAAAAAAAUGACACACAGAAUAGUAUUUAGACAGAGAAGAUUUUGCAACCAAGUGUGUUUCAAAGUAUUUUUAAGAAGGGAUUUUAGCCAGCCGUUACCACAUUAUCAGGUUAGUUUUACAGUUACCCUGGCUUAG